UGGAACGGUCCCCUGCUGAAUGUGAAGCGCUGCAGUCAGCUAGGGGCUACGAGGUUGUGCCCACUGCUGGGUAUAUGUGUGCGUCUACAAACCACUGGACACUCAGCAAGAAUGAUUUGGGCAGCCAGCCAAUUCAUCAGGAAGUUCUCCACAAGCACAAUAUAUUAUCAAAAUAAGCUAAGAUUAGCUCUUAUUGGCCAGAGUCUUUUUGGGCAAGAGGUAUACAACAAUCUGCGCAAAGAAGGACAUAAAGUUGUUGGGGUUUUCACUGUCCCAGAUAAAGAUGGCAAAGCAGAUCCUUUAGCGGUGGCUGCAGAGAAGGAUGGCACGCCGGUGUUUAAAUUUCCCCGAUGGAGGGUAAAAGGAAAGUCUAUCCCAGAGGUCGUGGAAGCCUAUAAGUCUGUAGGGGCAGAGCUGAACGUCCUUCCUUUUUGCACACAGUUUAUUCCUAUGGAUGUGAUUGACAAUCCCAAGCAUGGCUCUAUCAUCUACCACCCAUCCAUCCUCCCGCGCCAUAGAGGAGCUUCUGCUAUUAAUUGGACUUUAAUUGAAGGAGAUAAAAAGGCUGGAUUUUCUAUCUUCUGGGCGGAUGAUGGACUGGAUACUGGACCGAUUCUGCUGCAAAGGGUUUGUGAUGUGGAGUCAAAAGAUACAGUAGAUACACUUUACAACCGUUUCCUAUUCCCUGAAGGUAUCAAAGCCAUGGUAGAAGCUGUACAAUUAAUUGCAGAUGGUAAAGCACCUCGCAUUGGGCAGCCAGAAGAUGGAGCUACAUAUGAAGGAAUUCAAAAGAAAGAAAAUGCAAAGAUAUGCUGGGACAGUUCUGCAGAAAGAAUACACAAUUGGAUUCGAGGACAUGAUAAAGUACCAGGAGCAUGGACAAUUAUUAAUAAUCAGAUGGUGACAUUCUAUGGAUCAUCUCUGUUGGAUGGUUCGGUCCCCACAGGUCAACCAUUGCCUAUUGAUGGAGCGUCAAAACCGGGUGUGGUCACAAAAAGUGGACUUGUCCUUUUUGGAAAUGAUGGAAAAAUGUUACUUGUCAGAAAUCUUCAGUUUGAAGAUGGAAAAAUGAUACCUGCAUCAAAAUAUUUCUCAACAGAUGACGCUGCAGCUCUAGAGCUCACAGAAGAGGAGAGGGCCAUGGAAACAGAAAUUAGAAACAUAUGGAAAGGUAUUUUAAGCAACGUUCUAGUGAUCGACAAAACCACUGACUUUUUCAAAUCUGGAGCAGCUUCUAUGGAUGUUGUCAGGUUGGUGGAAGAGAUCAAACAGAAAUGUGGAGGGUUAGAGCUGCAGAAUGAGGAUGUCUAUAUGGCCACCACUUUUGAAGCUUUCAUUCAGAUGGUUGUGAGGAAAUCCAGAGGAGAGGGAGAGGAAGAACUUGUGAUAGAUUAUGUAACUAAAAAUGUAAAUAAUAUGACAGUGAAGAUGCCUUACCAGUGUUUCAUUAAUGGACAGUUUGUGGACGCUGAUGAUGGGAAAACUUAUGAUACCAUAAACCCAACCGAUGGAUCAGUAAUAUGCAAAAUAUCCUACUGCUCGGUAGCAGAUGUAGAUAAAGCUGUGGCGGCUGCAAAAGAUGCCUUGGAGAAUGGAGAAUGGGGGAAGAUGAAUGCAAGAGACAGAGGAAGGUUAUUGUACAAACUAGCAGAUCUUAUGGAGGAACAUCAGGAGGAGUUGGCAACUAUUGAGGCAAUUGAUUCAGGAGCAGUGUACACUUUGGCACUGAAGACUCAUGUUGGAAUGUCCGUGCAAACGUUUAGGUACUUCGCUGGAUGGUGUGACAAAAUUCAGGGUUCAACAAUUCCAAUAAACCAGGCACGUCCGAAUCGCAAUCUAACAUUUACAAAAAAAGAACCUCUUGGUGUAUGUGCCAUUGUUAUUCCGUGGAACUACCCCCUUAUGAUGCUUGCAUGGAAGAGCGCAGCAUGCUUGGCUGCUGGAAACACAUUAGUUUUAAAACCGGCACAGGUCACUCCACUGACUGCUUUAAAGUUUGCUGAGUUGGCUGCUAAAGCAGGUGUACCAAAAGGAGUUAUUAACAUUCUGCCAGGAUCAGGUGGUUUGGUUGGACAGCGAUUAUCAGAACAUCCAGAUAUUCGCAAGCUUGGAUUUACUGGCUCUACACCCAUUGGAAAACAAAUUAUGAAAAGUUGUGCUGUCAGUAACUUGAAAAAAGUGUCUCUGGAGCUUGGGGGAAAAUCUCCUCUUAUCAUCUUUAAUGACUGUGACCUUGACAAAGCUGUUAGAAUGGGUAUGGGAGCAGUAUUUUUCAACAAAGGAGAAAAUUGUAUUGCAGCCGGCAGACUGUUUGUUGAAGAAUCAAUUCAUGAUGAGUUUGUGAGACGAGUGGUAGAAGAAAUAAAAAAGAUGAAGAUUGGUGACCCUCUGGACAGAACUACAGAUCAUGGCCCACAGAACCACAAAGCACACAUGGAAAAGUUGCUAGAAUACUGUGAGAUUGGAGUGAAGGAAGGUGCUACAUUGGUAUAUGGAGCCAAACAAGUCACCCGACCAGGCUUCUUCAUGGAACCAACCGUAUUCACAGAUGUUGAAGAUCACAUGUAUCUUGCAGAAGAAGAGUCCUUUGGACCUGUUAUGGUCAUUUCAAAAUUUAAAGAUGGUGACAUCGAUGGUGUAUUGAAGCGAGCUAAUAACACAGAAUAUGGAUUAGCAUCAGGGGUGUUUACGAAAGACAUAAGCAAGGCUAUGUACGUCAGUGAAAAGCUAGACGCUGGAACAGUUUUUAUUAACACGUACAACAAGACAGAUGUUGCAGCACCAUUUGGAGGCUUCAAACAAUCUGGAUUUGGAAAGGACCUUGGUGAAGAAGCCCUCAAUGAAUACCUAAGAACAAAAGCAGUGACAGUGGAAUACUAAAAAUAAAAAAUCACAGGCUGUUUUUAACAAAGGAUGCAAUUAUUUUUCUACUCACUCCAUUUUUUUACCAUGUUGAAGAAAAUGAAGAAAAAUGCAGACCCAGCCACAGAGGAAAACUGUUUACAUACCUUACCGGUCGCAAAGGGUUUUUUAAUAUUUAUACCAUUGUUUGCCUUGUACCCAUGCAUUUUUUUUUAUUUCAUAUGGUCUACUUAUGAUUUAAUCAUCUCAGUCAUUCUGCACAUAUCUGGGAGAAUCCCCUGCAUUUUAUGGAGGCUUACAAUGUGCACAAACAAAAAUGACUUUUUGUCCGAAGAGUAAUUUUAUUAUCAACACUGCUUGUGCCAUAAGAAUUACAAAUGAUUGCAAUAAUUUGUAGUUAAAUGGUGCUAUGUUGACUAUGUUGAGAAAAAGGAAGGUCAUCAGUCUAGAAAAUAUUAAUGUCUUCAUAUACAGACCAUGGCUACAGACAAGUCAAUGAAACAGCCAUUGUACAUACAAAGAUAUGCACAGUAUUUCUUACAUUCAUACAAUAAAUACCUGAAGUGGAAUAUGUUAUGGUGCACAUAACAAAGAACUUCAUAAAUACAGAUUUUAUUGGUAUUUUCCUAUAAAAUCAUGUUGUAAAAUAAAUAUAUACAAAAUGA